AUGGUUCUAUCUAUCUCUCUCUAUCUAUUUCUAUCUCUCUCUAUCUAUUUCUAUCUCUCUCUAUCUAUUUCUAUCUCUCUCUAUCUAUUUCUAUAUCUCUCUCUAUCUAUCUAUCUCUCUCUCUCUAUAUCUAUUUCUCUCUCUAUCUAUUUCUCUCUCUCUCUAUCUAUUUCUAUCUCUCUAUCUAUUUCUAUCUCUCUCUAUCUAUCUCUAUCUCUCUCUAUCUAUUUCUAUCUCUCUCUAUCUAUUUCUAUCUCUCUCUAUCUAUUUCUAUCUCUCUCUAUCUAUUUCUAUCUCUAUAUCUCUAUCUCUCUACCCACCUGUAUCUAUCUUUAUAUAGCAGAUUCCGAAGUUGAUUCCCUCAAGCGAGAUGUUGAGUUCCGAAUGCUUCUCUCUGAUGCAUCCUGUGCCACAGAUUCUAACACCAUUCAGGAGCUGUAUAUAUUUCACAAACUUAUUCAUGCCUCUGAACAAGAACCAUUGCAAACGGAUGCCAUCAGCCAGACAUUAUCACAGCGGACAUGCAACUUCCUCAAAGAACUUCUCCUAUCCAAGCCAGAACUCAGUAGCACCAUCAUCGGUCACCUGAAAUGUCCAGACAAGCCGAGCCUCAAGCUCCACCACAUCAUGAUGGACCAGGUAUACAUCAACUGUAUCAUCCGCUGCAUAUCGGCUCUGUCUCAGGAGGGGACAGCAGCAGUUUGUCAGCAAGAUCGCUGCGAGCAGCUCUACAACAUCUUAUCCUUGUUUGAUCCUGAGAACGAGGCUAAAGUGCUCAACCUGAGCCAGAUGGUCACUGGACUUGUGCAGCUGUGUGAGAGUGAUUGUCUGUCUGAGGAACGGCUCCUCUCUCUGAUGGCUGGUAAGAAGAAGCCAUUUCUGCUGAAGCAGCUGAGCGAUGAAAUUGUGGUCUGCCGCAUGCAGCAGAUGGUCAGUUGCAGUCCAACAUUCAAGCAUGCUGAACUGACUGAGAGCCAACGCCAACUACUGACUCUCUCCCUCUUCAUCAGUUUCCUCCUCUCUCUCUUUAUUCUUACUCUCUCUUUUACUCCCUUUCACUCUCUACUCGCUCACUCCCUUUCACUCUCUACUCGCUCACUCCCUUUCACUCUCUCACUCUCUUUCACUCUCUCACUCUCUUUCACUCUCUUUCACUCUCUCACUCCCUUUCACUCUCUACUCUCUCACUCACUCUCUUUACAGAAUACUGCCAUUCAUUUGAUUCGCUCAGGGAAAUUUGAUGAACUUCGUGACCUCUUUCAUCCAGCAGAACUUCAUCCACUCAAACCAUUGGUGCUUCUCACUGGGUGGCCAUACUGUUACACCUGCACCAAUGCUAAGCGGCUACUUGAAAUCCUUUGGGAUAAUAAGACACCAUGCCGACAUCCUGCUCUGGACAAAGGUUGUCAGAAAUUACAACACCAAAUAAAUCUAAUUCAGUGGUGCUUAGAGAAAUCAAGAUCAUUAGUUCACAUAACAGAAGGUGAUUUGUCUCCUGUGAAUCCUCACUGUCAAGCCACCAACAUUUUCCAAGGGCUUGUUAAUCACUCAAUGCUGUAUGUACUUCAGCAAGCCACUCGACUUGCAUCUCUCAGAGAACAUGAAGUCCUUGACUUAUUGCAAAGGAUUUCUCUUAAUAAAACAGCAGAAAAUGAUGCCAAAAAGACAAAAAUGGUACGUUUUGAAGAUGUUGAAGAUGACUCUGAUUCUGCCAAUGAGCUGUUGGGAAUCGACCAGGAACGAGACGUGGCACUUUACCGAAGUUUCUGCAUCUUGAAGAAUGUACAAGACACUAUCCUCUACGGAGCCAUGCAUGCCCACUCGAAGCUGAUGAAUCCAACAUAUUACAACAUCCAGAGCUCAUCCCGACACCGCAGCUGGAGUAAGGACAGUACCCUCAGCGAUGCCAGUGAGAGCAGCAGCCGAGUGUCCUCUUCUGCUACGGGUGACCGUGGCUCAGAAUAUUUUCAGUGGUGCUCUGAAUUCACCAGUGGGGACGUUCAGAUCCUCUAUGACAAAAAUGUCACCCAGAAAUUGCAGAAUGUCAAACAACACCUUCUCCAUCUUUACCCACUCGCAUAUCGGGUAGAAAUCUUGGAGAAUAUAUUUUCUCUGUUGUUUGUCAGCCACAAGGACCUGCAAGAUCCUUUCUUUGCUGGCGAGACUGAUGAUACUGAUGGCAGUGACGAGAAGCAGAGUGUUCAUGGUAGUAAUGAAAACUUGAUGAAUGCAAGCAUACAAUCUGAAGAAGAAUCCCUGGUUUCUGAUACUACAUGCCUCACCCCAUUGGCCGAGUGCACAGUCCCGGCCAGAGGGAGUGAAAGUGUUGAUUAUGAUGUCCCUUUUGUCGACGAGUUCUCCGCCAAGGAGCAGGUUGUUAUUGAAAAUUCCGACUUCAUUGAGACGGAAGUUUUUACAGAUAACAAGCCCUUAGUGGGAGAGACUGCAAAGUCCGUUGUGAGAGAGACAGCUCCCGAAACCACCUUACCAAGGUUCAGCACCGAUUCCAAGAGCGACGCUCACAGCCCAAAGGUAAAAACAAAUGUUUUAUCUGGGAAGCCGUUACAGAUUGGGCUCUUAACAAAUGAAUAUCUGGUGCGUGACAUCCUCGGUCUUCUCCAGGAGAGCCUGAUUGCUCUGAGCUCGGCUCACUUCCAGCUGAUUGCAAAUGGAUCGAACGAGAUGGAGGACAGUUCCCAUGCCGCUUUCCUUGAAGAGAAUUUGACUCAGAUCUUACCGUCGAGUAUCACCCCAGCUACAUUGAAAUCCCGGAUCUCCAGACUUUCGCAGGUGGUCAGUGAGGCCCUGUGGCGCUUCCAAUUAGUCAGCAAUGAUCAAAUUCCACGUGAGUUUGGGAAAAUCCUUUUGCAGCCUCUCAAACCCACCUCUGAUUAUACAGAUGUCGAAAUUGAUGAUGUCUGUGACUAUGUGUCCACAAAGAAGAACAACAGGGUCUCUUAUCUUUCUGAAGAUUGUUUGCACAUUUGCUUUCUUUCGUGCUUUCUUUCGUCCUUUCUUUCUUUCUUUCUUUCUCGCUUUCUCUCGUGCUCUCUCUCUCCUCGUGCUUUCUCUCUCUCUCUCCUCGUUCUUUCUCUCUCUCUCUCUUUCUUUCUUUCUCUCUCUCUCCCUCAGGCUUUCUCUCCCCUCUCCUCGUGCUUUCUUUCUCUCCCUCUCCUCCUCGUUCUUUCUCUCUCUCCCCUCUCCUCGUUUCUUUCUCUCUCCCUCUCCUCGUGCUUUCUCUCUCUCCCCUCUCCUCGUGCUUUCUCUCUCUCCCUCUCCUCGUGCUUUCUCUCUCCCCCUCUCCUCAUGCUUUCUCUCUCCCCUCUCCUCGUGCUUUCUCUCUCUCCCUCUCCUCGUGCUUUCUCUCUCUCCCUCUCCUCGUGCUUUCUCUCUCUCCCUCUCCUCGUGCUUUUCUCUCUCCCCCUCUCCUCGUGCUUUCUCUCUCCCCCUCUCCUCGUGCUUUCUCUCUCCCCUCUCCUCGUGCUUUCUCUCUCUCCCUCUCUCCUCGUGCUUUCUCUCUCUCCCUCUCCUCGUGCUUUCUCUCUCUCCCUCUCCUCGUGCUUUCUCUCUCUCCCUCUCCUCGUGCUUUCUCUCUCUCCCUCUCCUCGUGCUUUCUCUCUCUCCCUCUCCUGCGUGCUUUCUCUCUCUCCCUCUCCUCGUGCUUUCUCUCUCCCCUCUCCUCGUGCUUUCUCUCUCCCCUCUCCUCGUGCUUUCUCUCUCUCCCUCUCCUCGUGCUUUCUCUCUCUCCCUCUCCUCGUGCUUUCUCUCUCUCCCUCUCCUCCUGGAGAAGACAGUGAAACUCGGGAUUCUACUGGGACAUGCACGGAUAGCACUGGACUCUUGAAGCCAAGCAAGAAGUUAGUCAAGAGGUCCCGGCCCCGGCCCCGCACUCCUAGCAUGUCUUCAGCUGCUUCGGUCAGCAGACGUCUCUCUUCAGGCAUAAUUCAAGAGAUGCUGCUGUCCAACCGUGCCUUACUCAUCAAAUGCCUGAAACAAGGAAAGCUUGUUGAAGCUAACCAGGUCAUCAAGUUAUUCAAAAUGGAGGAAUCAGCCGAGGUGGCUGAAGUUGGGUUCCUGGAGGCAUUCUCUAAAGCUGUCAAGCAAAUGCAAGCUCUUUGCAGCCAGGGUAACCAGGGUCCCUCAAUGCCGGAACGACUCCCUAUGAAGGACACCAUGAAACAACUGGCCAGUGUUGCAGCUGCUGGCAUAGCCACAGCAACAAUUUCAACCUGUGCCGAUGAACUGCUCUCCAUUCCUGUCUUGCCUUUUCUCCCCAAACCGAAAAAUAUUGCCAAUUUGACUCCAAACUACGUAGCAUUUUUCAACCCUGACAAUUUGUCUGCCAUGAUCCUUUUUGAUCUUGCUUGUAGUGCAAGCUGUACUUAUGGGACCUCCAACAUGCUGCUUGAUUCGAUCCAGUCUCGGAUGCUUGCCAAAAAGAAAUCACAACUUGGAAAGGAAUUUGGCCCUGAAAGUAAAUCUGGUAAAGAAUGUAAGGUUCUUGGCUUCCCUGCAUUUCUAGAUUUGUUGGAAUCACGGGUGCAGCUGUCUGAUAACAGUGAAACAUGUGCCGUACUUGAAUCAACCCCAGUCCUAAAUGCUAACUUCCCAGACAGCAUACAGUCAGUUCUCAUGUCGGCUUCAUUCCCAUUUUUACCUACUCGAUGCAAAUGCUACUUAGAAUCUAUGAAAGAAAUUAAGAAAGCAGUUGUGACUGCAUGGGACCAGUUCCAAGUGGAACGCAGUUAUUCAUCCGCACAGAAAAAAUACACCUGGAAACAUAAACGAAGCAAACAGAAUUCAGGAAAGCUGAAGAAUUCAGAAAAUCUCUGUUCAGUCUUUGAAGACCUUCUCCUCAAAAUGGAACAACAUAGAUAUAAUAUUGGAAUGUAUAGUUUUUUAACAAGAAGUUUACCUCCGGAAACCAUGACAACUGAAUACAGGAACUACUUAUUGAAUUUGUACAGACACGUGCAGGUGAUGGUCAACCUGUUUUGUGAAAAUGAGUUGAAACCAGCUGAUUGUGAGAUUCUGAAGAAAAACUGUUUCAAAUCGGAUUUUCAUUCUUUCUUCUUCUUUUUUUCUUUCUUCUUCUUUUUUUCUUUCUUCUUCUUUUUUUUUUUUCUUCUUCUUUUUUUCUUUCUUCUUCUUUUUUUCUUUCUUCUUCUUUUUUUCUUUCUUCUUCUUUUUUUCUUUCUUCUUUUUUUUCUUUCUUCUUCUUUUUUUUUUUCUUCUUCUUUUUUUUUUUCUUCUUUUUUUUUUCUUUCUUCUUCUUUUUUUCUUUCUUCUUCUUUUUUUCUUUCUUCUUCUUUUUUUCUUUCUUCUUUUUUUUUUUCUUCUUUCUUCUUUUUUUUCUUUUUUCUUCUUCUUUUUUUUCUUCUUCUUUUUUCUUUCUUCUUCUUUUUUCUUUCUUCUUCUUUUUUUCUUUCUUCUUCUUUUUUUCUUUCUUCUUCUUUUUUUCUUUCUCUUGAAGAGACUGAAUUUUAA